AUGAUCCGAUAGAAUUGAUUAAACGUGAAAUUUAUUUAUAUGGACCAAUACUUGCGUGUUUUACAGCACGGGAGGAUUUCCAGCACUAUAAUUCAGGAAUUUAUCAAACCAUUAAUUCAACAAUUUCAAAAGAACUUUAUGGACAUUGUGCUAAAUUGUUAGGUUGGGGAGAAGAGAAUAGCUUUAAAUAUUGGCUUUAUAUGAAUACAUGGGGAAGAGAUUGGGGUGAUUAUGGUUUUUUCCGCGUAAGUCAAUCGGAAUUACCUGAAGAAGCAAUUGCUGGUUUGCCAUGA